GGACAGGGGAGAGGUUGCGAAGAGGAAGACCCAAAACACUGUAUCUUUAGUGCAUUUUGGUGUCAUCUGAAAAAGGACAACUCCGGUUAAAAGUGCAGCAAGGCAGAUAUGGCAUGUGCUUUGAACAGUGGGUGUUAUUUAAGGCCAUAAAGUCUAAAAACCUGCAGAAGAAGAAGAGGGGAGUGAAGGGGACGGACUGCGGCUUUGUGAAGCAGGUACCAUGGAUGUGCUGUGCUUCCUGAGCUGGAGGCUGGUCCCUGUGCUCCUGUUGAUCCCGUGCACCUGUAACUCCAUAACUGUGCGGAUCUUGAAUGAGGAGCCGGUACAUGUGAUGCCCGGCUCUGACCUGCUACUUCGUGCCCACAUCGAGGCCUCCCCCCAGGACCAGUUCUCGAGGGUCACAUGGGAACGAGAGACAGAGAACGGCCCCACCCCCAAAAAGCUGGUACUGGCCACGUGCCCCCGCAGCAGCCAGAGUCCCUGCGCUGGGACCAGGCCAAACGUGCUGGCUAAACUGGGGGAAAAGGAAAGCACGCUCCAGAUCAGUGGAUACAUGUCAGCGGACGGAGGGGACUACAUUGUGACUAUAACGCAAAAGAACGGAAACAAGACCAGUGCGCGGUGUAUUGUCAGAGAGUAUGAGGCGGUGCACCACGUCUCUGUCAGUAUAAACGUGUCCCACUCUGUGCUGGUGUGUGGAGAGGCCUGGGGGACAGAGCCUCGCUUCAGCUGGCUCUACAACAGGAAGGCCGUGACCCAGAGUGUGGGGCAGGUGUCCCAGGAUGGCACCCAGCUACGCAUCACCCAGAACCCCAUCUGCGGAGUCUUCACCUGCAUGGUUCAAAACAAGCUGGGAUACGCCACCGCCACCUACACUGCAGAUGACUGUGAGACAGAGGACCACACUGGGACCAUAGCAGCUGUUCUGUGUGUGCUCCUGCUGCUCAUCUGUGGAGGACUGGCCCUGGUCUACUGGGGGAGACACUGGCGAAACAACAACACCAGAGAGAGGCUGCACGAGCACAUGGACGACAACUGCUGAAAAGUGUUUUUUAAGAUUUCAGAUUGCUGUGAGUU